AAUAUUUAAAAAAAAUACAAAAAUUAAGUGCAAGUGGCCAUUUAUUAAAGAUUUUAAAUCCUUUUUUAAAUAAAGAAAACGAUCGAAUGGGGAAAAAGAAAAAAAAAACUCUCGACCUUUCGCUAUUGGAGGAGCUGCUGCUAUUUCCUCCCCUUCCCCAAUCCGUCGCCGUUUUACCGUCGUGGCGGUUAAUUUUCCCUUCUCCACCGUUAAAACCUCCGAUCUCUUCGCUCUUUACUUUUCUUUAAUUUUCCGAUCACUGCGUUACCUGAAAUGGUAACCACCGAUUUCACCACCGUCAACGACAACAAUAGUAAUGCGUUUCACAAAAUGGAAGACGAUUACAUAAGGCUACACCACGAACACGAUGUUAAAGAUAAUCAGUGCAGCUCUUCUCUUGUUAAACACAUCAAAGCUCCCGUUCCUCUAGUGUGGUCUUUGGUGAGGAGAUUUGAUCAACCGCAAAGGUACAAACCGUUUGUGAGUAGGUGCAUUAUGAACGGUGACCUUCAGAUUGGAAGUGUUAGAGAAGUGAAUGUUAAAUCUGGACUUCCGGCUACAACUAGUACUGAACGAUUGGAGCUUCUUGAUGAUGAGGAGCAUAUUUUUAGGAUCACUAUUGUUGGUGGUGAUCAUCGUCUUAAGAACUACUCGUCUGUUAUUACUGUCCAUCCAGAAGUCAUUGAUGGGAGACCGGGGACAAUGGUAAUUGAGUCAUUUGUUGUUGAUGUGCCAGAUGGGAACACUAAGGAUGAAACAUGCUAUUUUGUUGAGGCUUUGAUUAAAUGCAACUUGACGUCACUAGCUAAUGUGUCUGAGCGUUUGGCUGUGCAAGACCGGACUGAGCCUAUUGACCGAAUCUAAAGGGUAUGUGGAAGGUUUCUGUGCACUGGUUAUGUUUUGCAUGUGGAAAUGUUAGGUUCUUGUUUUCAGAAGAUGAUCAAGCGUUUGGCAUCCUAGAGGCAAAGUCAGCUUCUCUUUUCUUUAUACUCUAUGCUCAUUCUCUUUUCACCAUUUGGAUAUCUUGUCUAUAGUAGGUGACAAUCAAGUUCAUCCACGGUCAUGUCUCCGAAACGAAACAAUUAAUUAGGAUUUCAUUUCUUUUGAAUUUUCUGUGCUAUAAUAAUGGGAUAUGUAUUGACCGCUGAUUGUAAAUAUCUAUGCAUGGGGGAAUCUUUCAAUUGUUUAUUUGCAUAUCCAAUUCCAGCUAUAUUAAAUGCUUGCUUCUUGGCAUUGUCUA